UGGCUAGCUUCACGCCGCUAUAUUUCUGUUGUUACUGUCUGUCGGCGUGCUACUGCUAGCAACAUAUGGGCACAGGAGAAAGUGAAGUCAUUUUUGUUUCAUGAAAAUGGAUGGUCAACGUUGGUUACCACUGGAGGCGAAUCCUGAUGUGAUGAACCAGUUUCUUCGGCAGUUGGGUUUGCUACCAACAUGGCAGUUUGGGGAUGUCUAUGGGUUGGACCCAGAACUUCUCUGCAUGGUCCCGAAACCAGUCUGCGCUGUGCUGCUUCUGUUUCCUGUCACAGAAAAGUACGAGUCUUUCAGACUGGACGAGGAGAAGAAAAUUCUAUCUGAGGGCCAGCAAGUCUCCCCAGAUGUUUACUUCAUGCGACAGACUAUUGGUAAUGCUUGUGGGACAAUUGGAUUGAUCCAUGCUGUGGCAAACAACCAGGAACGUCUAGAAUUUGAAUCAGACUCACCUCUGAAGAAAUUCUUACUUCAGUCAUCCAAGUUGAACCCAAAUGAAAAAGCAGUUUUCUUGGAGAAAGAUGAGAGCAUUCGUGUAACUCACGAGUCAAGUGCCCAGGAAGGACAGACAGAGGCUCCAAGUGCAGAUGAGAAAGUGGACUUACAUUUUAUAGCCUUCGUAAAUGUUGGAGGACAUCUAUAUGAACUGGAUGGACGUAAGCCUUUCCCAAUAGUCCAUGGUAAAACCACAGAAGACAGCUUUCUGGAGGAUGCCACAGAAGUCUGUAAACAGUUCAUGGCCCGGGAUCCCCAGGAGCUUCGUUUCACAGUUGUGGCUCUCUCCAAAGCAUAAGCUGUACAGCUGAAUGUCUAAAACUCAGGAGAGAAGGCAUAACAAGGCUGCCUUUCAUUCCAAUGUGUGCAUUCUGAAAAGAGAUGUAACUGUGUGAAUAAUAAUCACAUGAAUGAGUUUGUUAAUGAUAAAUCAAUCAUAAAAAGAUGCUGUGGGACAGACAGACGUAUUGCUACUGUGGCUAAUGGCAGUCUUGACACUUGAGAAGUGGAUCUGCCUACGUUUUCAUUACUUGUUCGGGUAAUGUGAAUGUCAUUUGAUGGUGAACUGCUGUGUUCUGAAACCUGUUCCUCUCCAGUUAGCACUCGGUUAUGGUGCAAGAUCAUAAAAUCGUACUUUUUUCUGAACAUGUAACCGUGACUGAACUAAUCUUUUUUUUUUUUACUUAGCAUGACAUUAAUGCUUUAGGAAUGAAACAACUGUAUGAUACAAAAUUGUCAUCUUUAUUACCACUCUCUUCCCAUUUGCGCAACUUUGUAAUGGCACACAGUGAUUAAGUACUGCCUCUCAACAGAAAUAAACAGUUCAGAACAAAAAGCCA